AUGAAGCCUAAUUUCUUCUUACCCACAGACGAAGAGUCCCACGUUCAACCGAGUACAAAAUUGCCAGUGAGAAAUAAAUCAAAAGAAACCGCGGGUUUAAAAUCGCCCGCACGUAAUGAGGAGGAAAAAUUGAUGCAUCAAAUACAUGUAUACAAGGAAUCGAACAACGUUUCGAGAAAGGGAGCUUUGGAACCGAAUGAUCAAAAAUCAAGAACCGUGAACAUCGCGCAAGUCGCUCGUGCAAACCCAACGAAACUUCUCGAACCUCUCGAGAAAAGUUCGAAAGCUGACAUUGACUUCGAAGAACCCGAGCAAAAUUUGUCGACAUCGACGAACGAAUCGCCGAUUGUCGUAAGCGCUGACGAUGUUCCGCGUUCUGCUGCAUCCGCGAGCAUAAAAAGCUUAUCGUUAAAAUGCAAUUGUCAUUUGCGGAACAAUCUUAAAUACACGUCCACUGUUCCGAAGAGUCGAUACACUGAAACGGAUUACGACAGUUCUUCGGAAAUCGAAAGCACUAGAAGAUUGUUCGAGAAAUCGGCGGGAGACAGUGAAUUUACCGACAUGAGCUCUGAAGACACGGAUCUGCUGUCGGAUUACGUUGAUUAUAAUCACGUUAAAACGAACGGCAAAGAUAAGGAAAUGUUCAGGCACACGUGUCGCGCUGUGAAACCGUCCUCUUUGACGAAUAAUUCCGCAAGAAUGAGAACGACGAGUUUCUCUUUCUUCAAUGUAUUUCUCGAUAUCGUUUUCUGGCCUAUCAUUUUUUUCCGAGCAAAACAGUAA